AUGACAAGCAGGAAGAGGAUUCGGAAUGAAUCGAUGUCGCCUCUGUCGCAGCCUACAGUAAGGAGACCCCGCACCGAUGCAGUCAACCUCACCGCCAACUCCCCCGCACAGGUCGAACAAACCCAGGUGGUCAUUGAACCAGCGCUGCGCGAAUACCUCGCGUCUGAACGCGAAGCAGCGCUGGCCAAUGGGAACGGCCAUCUGGCGGACCUGUGCCAGGCAGGAUCAUCGCUUGCGGUUAAUGAUCUUGCCUCCUAUCUAGACAAUUGGAUAAUAGAACAUUUCCAAAAAGGGGGAAGGAAAUACAACCCAAAUGGUCACAGAGGUGGACCAAAAUCAAAUUACGGAGGUACUAGACCAGGAAGAGGUCCACGGGUAGAAUCAUACAAAAAGGCCCAGGAUCUCUACCUCCGUAACAGAUCAGCUCUAGUGGAUAAAAUCAUUUCAGGAACUCCACUAGACUCUACUGAAGAGGUACCACCUCUAAAAGCGGUUGAGGAGCUGUAUAGCGGGAUCUUCGAGCGGGCUGCGACGGAGACGAUGACGGUUCAUCCCGAACCACGAAACACCGAUGCCACCACUUUCGCUCCAUUCGAAGAAAGCGAACUAGAGGCAGCCAAAACAGCAUGGGCUAACUCAGCACCUGGUGCUGACGGAUAA